GUGAGCUGCCCCCGGGAGCAGGAGCCGCUCGACUGCCGCUACUUCGGGGAGCUGCUGGCCGAGCUGAGCCGCAAGACCAGCGACCUGCACAGCUGCCUGCUGCAGCACGUGGAGAAGAUCGGGGGCAGGAGCUACGACGUGGAGUUCACGUCUCAGACUGAAGAUAUCGAAGAUUUAAUUCCUAAAGGACUGUCUGAGGCAACAAAGCAGCAGAUUCGUUAUCUCCUCCAGAUGAGAGUGACAUCAGAUAAAUCUUUGAGGCUUGUGCUUUCCACUUUCAAAAAUCUACGUGAAGAGCUUUGCCACCUGCAGGAUGACCUGGGGAAGUUAGAAACCGACAACAUCUUGCUCAAGAAGGAUUUGGCUUUUAAAGAUUCCCAAGUGAAGGAAUAUGAAGCUAUGCUGGCUUCUCUGAGGGAGAACAACCGCCAGCAGCAGCAAGGGCUGAGGGACAGCACAGCCAGGUGUCGCUCGCUGGAGGAGCAGCUCCUCUCCCUGCGGCUCAGCGAGGGGGACAAGGACUGCCAGCUGAAGGAGCUGGAGUACAGCAAGCGAGCCCUGGAGCAGGAGAUCCAGAGCCUGAAGCUGCAGAGCUGCUCCAGUCCAGUGCUGCAGACCACCACGGACGAGCUCUCCAGCCGCUACGUGGAGAUGAUCAAUAACCUGAGGGAGGAUAAAGACCGUGAGAUCCGCAGCCUCAGGAAUCAGUUGUGCCAAUUCCAGCAAGAUAUUUCCAGGAGAGAAGGAAGUAACAGUGACUUGCAAAUAAGGUUGCAAGAACUGACGUCCAUGUUGGAGGCAAAAGAGGCUUUUAUUAAACAACAGCAAGAGGAUCUCUUCAGACUGAAGCAGGAGAAGUUAUCAGGCAGCCAGUCCCCUGGUGUAACAGCCAUCAUCACUAAGAAGUACAGGAACCAGUACCCGAUUCUGGGGCUCCUGUCUGAUGACUACAAGCUCACGUCACCUGUCAAUAAAUCACAGACGAUUGUGAUUGAGAGGACUGGAGAGAUAUGGAAAAAUGUGAGUUUACCCCGAGGUGGACCAUUUGGUCUCCAGAAUUCCCAAGUAUUCCCCAUGGAUUAG